AUGCUUGCCGGCGGGGCGUUUCAGGCGAAGUCCAAGGCGUCUGCGAGCGCGAAACAAGAGCUGAAAGCGGAGGUGGGAUCAAGCGAGGGGACGAAUGGCUCGUGUCCCCGGGUGCCUGGGGUGGGGCGGGGGGUGAUGAUGGGCGUGUACGUACAGGACUUGAUGCGGCUCGAUGGAGGUUACGGCUGCGUCAUCGAAGCGCCACCAUCUCACCCGGGUCUCAUGGGGCUUGUGAUGCCGUGGAACGAUGCACUCACCCACAGGAUGCUAGUGUCCAUGGCACGGGAGACUAGCUUUUUCAUCUGUAUUGGGCGAGACCGGUCUAGCAAUGCUAAUCGCGUUGUGCUUGGACCACGGGGGGAUCCCGUCGUCAAGUACGCUCUUGGUGAGGAGGAUAGCCAGGUCAUCCUCCAGGGAAGAUCAGAAAUGCUCCGGAUGAUGCGGAAAGCGGGGGCAUCCCUUCUGAUACCGGCACAUGAGGGCGCUCCGUGGUUUUGUCCCACAGAUGGGAAAGAGGGAGAUGAAGACUUGGAGGGGUAUGUUGAGGCCAUGGAAUCGCUCGGCACCACCCCGAACGAGGCUGGCCUGUACUCAGCUCACCAAAUGGGCUCGUGCCGCCUUAGUGCCAACCCGGAAGACGGGCCUCUGAGGGAGUCCGGCGAGUCGUGGGAGUGCGACGGGCUGUUCGUGGCGGACGCUUCGGUUUUCCCGACGUCGCUCGGGAUAAACCCUAUGAUCACGGUCGAGGCUGUCGCGUACAUGAUUGCUAAUCAGGUUGCAACACGGCUCGGCAAGGACUCAGAGAAUUGGAAACCCCGCGAGGAAUCCUCACCACUGAAGCGGAGAAUCAAGACUCUCGGGAAGGCCAUGGUGGCGGCCAUUUCGCGAGAAUCUAACUCUACAUCAGACGCGGACAACGCCGGAUCCAGUCUAACCGCCCUUCGAAGGAGCAACAGCCGCGGAGGCAGCAACAAGAAGCUUGUGCCUGAGGAAGGCGGGCGAGGAAGCGACCAGACUAUCAUUCGAGUGCCAGGCGGCGAGGCAGCGGCGGAGCGGUGCGUGUUGCCGCAGUCCACAUUGGCGGUCAGCGCUGGGGGCGACGCCGCUGCGGGAAUGGGGGACGACUUCGGAGUCGAGGUUUCUGAUCUUUACUGGUGAAGAGCUCGUAGCGCCAGCUAACCGUCUGAUUUGUGUGUCGUUGAUUGCUAUUCAAGACGUUUCCGACUUGGGAUGCCGAUGUUGGUAUUGAUUGCCAAGGCCAGGAGCCCAGCGUGGUUUCCAUGUUUGUGUACAGGCAGGACCUGAGUUGCAUUUGCGUUGACGUUUGCGUCAUCUGAUGGCGCGGAUUGGUUGAAUAGCUCACGUGUCUGCUGCAGAACAGGCCCGCGAUUAACAAGUAUUCUGUUGAGACGCUAGGUAGGGUGAAACAUCCACGAAGGUGCGCGCUUUACGUCGGGCCUUCCUUUGUUGCUUCGUUCGGGGAGGGUAUUCGGGGGGUUGGGUUAAGCAUUCCUUCUCAACGCAGACUAGGUUGGCUUAGUGGCUAGCGUCUUCUGAAGAAGGCAACAGUGUGUUGAUGACAUUCCCAUGUCGACGAUUUGAAGGGGCAAACAUUGAUUGUUUUCGCCACGUUUGCCACACAUUCGGAAGAUUCCUGGCGAGCAUCACUUCAACUUGUUCAAUGAUGGCAACCUUGUGCUGCGCACUGACACGACGUUAUUGGUCGAGAAGUGUAGACGCGGACGACAGAAAUGAGCCGUAGGUGAUAGAAUUCGGUGGUAAUUUGUCCUUCCAAGCGCGUCCUCCCUAUCGCUUGGACCUAGAACUAUUGGAAGUAGCGAGUCCCGCGUUUUUUUCUGGAAAUAGUCUAGACGAAGGCAGAAAUUCGCUGGUCGUUAUGACUUCAAUUCUGAUUUUAACGCAUUUCGUGGCUUCUUGUUGGCAGUUUCGAUGAGAAAAAUUCGCUAGUCAAGGAACGUGGGGGAGAACCAAAAAGGAAAGGCAACAGGUGUGACAUCUCAUGGCUGUUGGGUGAGUUAUUAUUCCGGGGGAUGCAGUACUGGCUCG